UGCCCCGGGCUUUCCAGAACUCCAGAAGGCUCAGCAGAGACCAGGCUGGUUUGCUCUCUCCCCAACACGGUCACCCCAGUUCUGGCUGCAGCAGGUUCCAGAAUGGAGCUGCGGCCCUACCAGUGGGAAGUGAUCUUGCCUGCUCUGGAAGGCAGGAAUAUCAUAAUCUGGUUGCCCACGGGCGCUGGCAAGACCCGGGCAGCUGCUUUUGUGGCCAGGCGGCAUCUAGAGACAGUAGACAGAGGCAAGGUGGUGGUGCUGGUCAACAGGGUACACUUGGUGAGCCAGCAUGCUGAGGAAUUCAGGAGCAUGUUGGAUAAACGCUGGACCAUGACUACCCUGAGUGGAGACAUGGGACCACGAGCUGGCUUUGGCCUAAUGGCCCGGAGCCAUGACCUGCUCAUCUGCACAGCAGAGCUCUUGCAGCUGGCGCUGGUCAGCCCAGAAGACGAGGAACACGUAGAGCUCACAGAGUUCUCACUGAUCGUGGUGGACGAGUGUCACCACACCCACAAGAAUACGGUCUACAACGUCAUUCUGAGCCGCUACUUAGAACACAAGCUGCAGAAGGCAGAGCGCCUUCCCCAGGUGCUGGGGCUCACGGCCUCCCCAGGCACCGGCAGGGCCACCAACCUCCAAGGGGCCAUUGACCACAUCCUACAGCUCUGUGCCAACCUGGAUACGUGGCGCAUCAUGUCACCAGAGAAUUGCCGCCCCCAGCUGCUGGAGCACAACCCGAAGCCCUGCAAGCAGUACGACCUCUGCCAAAGGCGCAGAGAGGACCCUUUUGGAGACUUGCUAAAAGAGCUUAUGAAACAAAUUCACCAGCAACUAGCGAUGCCUGAACUGAGCCAGCAGUUUGGAACGCAGACUUACGAGCAGCAAGUAGUGGAGCUGAGCAAAGCUGCCGCAGAGGCAGGACUCCAGCAACGGCGGGUGUAUGCGCUCCACCUGCGGCGCUACAAUGACGCGCUGUUGACCCACGACACCGUCCGCGCACAGGAUGCUCUUGACAUGUUGCAAGAUUUCUACCACAGGGAGCGCGCCACGAAAACUCAGAUGCUGCGUGCGGAGCGCUGGCUGCUGGAGCUGUUCGAUGGCCAUAAGAAUGAGCUGGCCCAGUUAGCAGCUCGUGGGCCCGAGAAUCCGAAGUUGGAGAUGCUGGAAGGGAUCCUGCUGAAGCAAUUUGGGAGCCCCAACCACCCUCGGGGCAUCAUCUUCACCCGAACCCGCCAGAGUGCUUACUCCCUCCUGCUCUGGCUUUGGCAGCAGCCUGGCCUACAGAAAGUGAACAUCAAGGCCCAGAUGCUGAUUGGAGCAGGGAAUAGCAGCCAGAGCACACACAUGACCCAGAAAAACCAGCAAGAGGUAAUCCAGGAGUUCAGGGAUGGUACCCUGAACCUUCUAAUUGCUACAAGUGUGGCAGAGGAGGGGCUGGAUAUCGCCCAGUGCAAUGUGGUGGUACGCUAUGGGCUCCAGACCAAUGAGAUCUCCAUGGUCCAGGCCAGGGGCCGCGCUCGAGCUGGGCAGAGCGUGUACUCCUUUGUGGCAACAGAGGGCAGUAGGGAGCUGCAGCGGGAGCUGACCAAUGAAGCUCUGGAGGUGCUGAUGGAGCAGGCCGUGGCUGCAGUGCAGAAGAUGGACCCCCAAGAGUUCAAGGCCAAGAUCCAGGACCUGCAACGGGCAGCUCUGGUUAAGCGAGCAGUGCGCGCAGCCCAGCGGGAGAGUCAGCAGAGGCAGUUCCCAGCGGAGUGCGUGCAGCUCCUCUGCAUCAACUGCAUGGUGGCCGUGGGCUACGGAAGUGACCUGCGGAAGGUGGAGGGCACCCACCACGUCAAUGUGAACCCCAACUUCUCGAUCUACUAUACCGUCUCCCAGAAGCCUGUGGUCAUUAACAAAGUCUUCAAGGACUGGAAGCCUGGAGGGACCAUUAGCUGCAGUAACUGUGGGGAGGUCUGGGGCUUGCAGAUGAUCUACAAAUCAGUGACCUUGCCGGUGCUCAAAAUCCGAGGCAUACUCCUGGAGACCCCUCACGGGAGGAUCCAGGCCAAGAAGUGGUCCCGGGUGCCCUUCUCAAUACCUGAUUUUGACAUUCUACAGUACUGCGCCCAGAACCUGUCUGAUCUCUCCCUGAACUGACCACUUGUGGCUGUAGUACCUAGCCCAGACUGCAGGGGGCAGGAUAGUCCAGCAAGCCAUUCCCCUCCCCCUGGGUAGUACACUGGUCAAGGGUAGGGGGGAACCUUUAUU